AUGGCGUCCAAAUCAAACUCUCUGCGGGAUCGCCAGAUAGCCUCUCUUAAAAAGAUCCUCAACCUCAACGAAACCAUCGAGUCGAGCGAGACGGAAGAAGCCCAUGCCAACGGAUUGCUGGCCCCCGUUGCCCCGAUCCUCGACGCUGAAGGGAACCCCAUCUGGAAAGUCCUCGUCUUCGAUGACCUUGGUAGAGAUGUCAUCAGCAGUGUCAUGCGCGUCAGCGACUUGCGCUCUAUGGGAGUGACAAUGCACAUGCAUAUUGGCACUCCGCGAUAUCCCAUACCCGACGUCCCAGUCAUAUAUCUGCUCGAGCCGAAUGCGCGGAACCUGCAGCUCAUGACUGAAGAUUUACAAAAGGGACUGUACUCGCCGGCUUACGUCAACUUCCUGUCCUCUCUCCCUCGAGUCCUACUGGAAGAAUUCGCCACACAAACGGCUGAAGCAGGGACAUCGGACAAGAUUGCGCAGCUUUUUGACCAAUAUCUGAACUUUAUUGUUGCCGAGCCGGAUCUCUUCAGCUUGGGGAUGCAAAACGAGCACACAUAUUGGGCUCUCAACAGUGCAAAGACGAGCGAUGCCGAGCUGGACGCGGUGGUGGAUAGGAUUGUCAGUGGUCUUUUCAGCGUCGUGGUGACCAUGGGCGUCAUUCCAAUCAUUCGCUGCCCCAAAGGUGCCGCCGCGGAGAUGGUUGCGCAACGGCUCGACCGCAAACUCCGAGAUCAUAUUCUAAACUCAAAAGACAACCUAUUCUCCAACGCGCGACCUACAGCAGCCGGCACACCAAGCUCCAGGCCCGUACUUAUCCUCCUCGACCGCAACGUUGACUUGAUACCCAUGUUGUCGCAUUCAUGGACAUAUCAGUCUCUUGUCCACGAUGUUCUCUCUAUCAAACUUAACCGCAUCACAAUCGAGUCACCGGUUGACGAGAGCAACCCCGCCAGGGGCACAUCAAAGAAGGGUUACGACUUGACCGCCAACGACUUCUUUUGGAUCAAGAAUGCCGGCGUCCCGUUCCCACAGGUGGCAGAGGACAUCGACGCAGAAUUAACCAAGUAUAAGGAGGAGACUGCUGCCAUCACGAAGACGACGGGAGUGUCGAGCUUGGAAGACUUGCAAAACGAUACGAGUGCAAGCGCACAACAUCUCAAGGCCGCGAUAACAUUGUUGCCAGAGAUGCGGGAGCGUAAAAGCAUUCUGGACAUGCACAUGAACAUACUGGCGGCGUUAUUAUCUGGUAUCAAGGAUCGACAGCUGGACAACUACUUCCAGACGGAGGAAAACGUUAUGAAGCAAACAAAGGCUCAGAUUUUGGAAAUCAUCAAGGACGAGAACAAGGGCAACGAGCCUACAGACAAGCUACGGCUGUUUAUCAUUUGGUUCCUGAGCACGGAACAAGAAGUCGGGCGGGCCGAUUUCGAGUCGUUCGAGAAGGCUCUGGAAGCAGCGGGUGCAGAUGUUUCAUCCCUGUCCUACGUUCGACAGGUGCGGGCUACUACCAAGAUGACACAAUUGACCACGAUCAACAACAACUCCAACCAGCAGGCCGCCUCGUCCGACCUAUUUGGUCGAUUUUCCUCCAUUUCCUCCCGCUUGACAGACCGCCUCAAGGAGACUGGCGUCCCAUCUGGCCUAACAUCAAACUUUGAUUCUCUGAUUAGCGGAGUUAAGAACUUUUUACCAGCGGAUCGUGACCUCACGAUUACCAAGAUUGUCGAGUCUAUCAUGGAGCCCUCCACGGCCUCAUCUUCGGCGAUCGCCAAGACGGAGAACUACCUGUACUUUGAUCCUCGCUCUGCCAAUGCGCGAGGUACCGUGCCACCACCGAGCGCCGUCCGAUCAGGCGGGGCAGGAAGCGCACCGGGCGGCCUCCCGGGAUCGCAAGCUGGCCAAACAGCAAGCUUUGGACAACGACGGCAGGGCUUUAGUGAAGCAGUCGUCUUCACAGUUGGCGGCGGCAGCAUGGAGGAAUACGGAAACCUACACGAGUGGGUUAGCAGAACAAGCGGGGAUCGUGCCCGCAAGCGGGUAGUAUAUGGCAGCACGGAGAUGAUUAACGCUUCACAAUUUAUCAGCGAAGAGCUGGAAAGACUGGGCAAGGAGGUCUCAUCGUGA